CCUUUUAAAUGAAAAAGGUCAACUUAUUGGGACUAAUAUAAUCAUUCUGUAUUAUCUUCAUUGAUUUUAAUUCUUUUUUAAAUUGCAAUUCGCUUUUACUGUAAAGAUUAUAAAAAAUCUCAAGUCUGCUGCACCUGCACUUGUCCUCUUUUCAGUCUUCUUGAUCUCAUCUAUCACUUUUUUUUUUUAAUUAUUUAUUUUGGGUACACUUGGCUAUUCAAACUCAAGAACUUGGAAGUCGAGAGAAACGACUCCAAUGAGUUAAAACUUAGACCAUAGAAACUAUAAAUCAUGCAUGCUAUGAAACAAUGAAACACUACUCUGGAGAUUCAAAUUACUUCAGUAGUAUGAAUUGGUCCGUGUCCAAACAUCAAUUUACGUUUUUCCUCCUAUUCUCUUUGCAUUCUCUGUUGACUCUGUCAUCGCCUUCUUCUAUCGUUUCCUCUUCUGCAAGAGCAUGCCAUGAAGAUGCCAGCCUCUCUCUACUCCAACUUAAAGAUGAAUUCUCAUAUGAUGAGUCUGCUUCAAUAGACUGUAAUCCUCCUCAUCCCAGGAUGGUUUCUUGGGAAGUUGGAUCAGAUUGCUGCUCAUGGGAUGGAGUCACAUGUGAUAGUUUCACAGGUCAAGUCAUUGGCCUUGAUCUUAGUUGCAGUGGCCUUACAGGCAACUUGACUUAUAACAGCAACCUGUUUCAUCUUUCACACCUCCAGAAGCUAAAUCUCGCUUUCAAUCAUUUUAACUUCUCCAAUAUUCCAACUGAAUUUGGUAGUUUUGCACAUUUGACCCAUCUCAAUCUCUCUAGUACAUUUUUUUCUGGUCUUCUUCCAUCUGAAAUUUCUCACUUGUCCAAGUUGGUCUCACUUGAUCUCUCCAUUAAUGAACACUUGAGACUUGAAACACCAACUAUGCAAAUGAUUGUCCAAAACCUCACUCAAGUAAGAGAAGUUUUUCUGGAUUAUAUAAACAUGUCCUUUGUUAAUCUCAAUAUCUUGGUGAAUCUUUCUUCUUCUUUCACAACUCUCAGUCUUGUUUAUUGUGGACUGCAAGGAGAAUUUCCAGAAACCAUUUUCUAUCUACCAAAUCUUCAGUACCUAAACUUAAUGCUAAAUCAAGAUGUAUAUGGGUAUUUGCCAAAAACGAAUUGGAGUGGUCCUCUUGAGUUGCUGGAUCUUAGCUCCACAGGUUUCUCAGGAGAAUUACCUGUUUCAAUUGGCAAUCUUAAAUCUCUGAUGGUGUUAGAACUCAGUAGCUGCCAAAUCACUGGGUCAAUUCCAGCCUCUCUUGGAAGCCUUGAACAAUUGAUAAGACUAGAUCUUUCAAACAACAACUGGACAGGGAAGAUCCCAGAUGUUUUUCAAAAUCUGAGCAACCUGAAUUAUGUCUCUGCUUCAGACAGUAAUUUCAGUGGUACGCUGCCGUUGUCUAUCUUUAAUCUCUCCGAACUUUACUGGUUGGACCUGUCACAAAAUCAACUUGAGGGUAGCCUUCCUGAUCAAAUAUGUGGCCUUUCCAAUCUAACAAAGCUUGACUUGUCUUAUAACUUACUCAGUGGCAUAAUACCAUCUUGUUUAUUUGGUCUUCCAUCAUUGGUGUGGUUUUCACUUAGUUUUAACCAACUCUCUGGCCAGCUUGGUGAAUUUCGAUCGAAAUCUUUGCUUGAAAUAACCUUGGAGAGCAAUAACAUAUAUGGUCCCAUUCCACCAUCAGUUCUUGAAUUGGAGAAUCUGACAAAUCUCCAUCUCCCUUCAAAUAAUUUGAGUGGCAUUGUGGACUUGAACAUGUUCUCCAAGCUGAAAAAGCUUUGGGGUCUUGAUCUUUCGAAUAACCACCUAUCUGUCAUCACUAGCAAGACCAGCAAUACAACUUGGCCGCAAUUUUACAGACUAGCAUUGGCAUCUUGCAACAUUACAGAGUUCCCUGGCUUCUUGAGAACCCAAAAUCAGUUGGGAUUUCUGUCUCUUCCCCACAACAGAAUUCACGGUGAAGUGCCCAAAUGGAUAUCAGGCUUGGGGAUGCAAUACUUAGACCUUUCUUACAACUUCUUGACAAAAGUAAGUGAACUUCCAAGCAACAUACAAUAUCUAGACCUUAGUUUCAAUUUACUUCAUCAACCUCUUCCGCUUCCACCUCCUUCCAUGUACAUGCUUUUGAUCUCAAGCAACAAAUUGAGUGGAGAAAUCUCACCUUUGAUCUGCAAUGUCACAACCUUUCAAAUUAUUGAUUUGUCCAAUAAUAGCUUGAGUGGCAUGAUUCCACAGUGUUUGGCAAACUUCAGUAGUGAAUUAUCAGUUUUAAAUCUGGGGAUGAACAGCUUGCAUGGCAGCAUUCCAGAAACAUUCAUGGAGGGGAAUAAAUUGAGGAAUCUCAACUUGAAUGGCAAUAAGUUGGAAGGAUCGUUACCUCGAUCUCUGUCCAACUGCAAAAUGUUGGAAGUGCUUGAUCUUGGAAACAAUCAGAUAAAUGAUAGUUUCCCUCAGUGGCUGGAAACUCUUCCAAAGUUACAUGUCUUAGUGUUGAGAUCCAAUAGAUUCCAUGGUUCCAUAGGUGAACCUGAAGGGACAUCUCCUUUUUCUAGUUUGCGAAUCAUUGAUCUCUCACACAACGAGUUCACUGGCAAACUGCCAACAAAAUAUUUUGCAAAUUUUCAAGCUAUGAUGAAGGUGGAUGUAAUUAAGCAGGAUGUAGAGUAUAUGGGGGAACUAUACUAUAAGGAUUCUGUGAUUUUGACAAUGAAAGGAAAUGAAUUUACACUGGUGAGAAUCCUAACCAUUUUCACAACAAUAGACUUAUCAAGCAACCGAUUCGACGGACAAAUCCCAGAACUAGUUGGGAAUCUUAGAUCACUCCUAGUCCUUAACUUUUCACAUAACGGCCUGACAGGUCAAAUUCCAUCAUCAGUAGGGAAUCUGAUAAACCUUGAGUCACUAGAUUUAUCAUCAAACAAGCUCGAUGGAGAAAUUCCAGGACAAUUGGCAAGCCUCACGUUCCUUGCAGCAUUGAACCUGUCAUAUAACCAGCUUGCAGGACCCAUUCCUCAUGGCAAACAAUUCAACACAUUUGACAGUGAUUCUUAUAUUGGAAACCCGGGGUUGUGUGGAUUACCAUUAUCUGAGAAAUGCAGCAAUGAACUCUCACCACAACCACCAUCACCAUCUACAUCCUAUGACAACAAUGAUUCUGCAAGCAUGUUUGACUGGAAAUUUGCAAUGAUGGGUUUUGGAUGUGGAUUGGUGUUUGGAUUGUCUGUAGGAUACAUUGUAUUCUCGACAGGAAAACCACAAUGGCUAGUGGGGAUGGUUGAAAAAGGGCAGGGAAAAAGGUUAAACAGAUGGAAUCGAAGACUUGCUAGAAGAAGAAAUUAAUAGAACAUGUAGUACUGUAAGGUAAGUUUUGCUCAUUUUAUGAUAUGAUCUUAGUUGUUCUGUUUCUUCAAGUCUGUUAUGCUGCAACUUUUAAUAUUUGGUUUUCCAAUACUCAUUUUGUCAGGAAGGCAGAGUAAGAAGUGAUUGGAUUAUGAAAUUUUCUGACAAUAGAAUCAAGUUUAAUGUAUUUUUGACGUCUUCCAUGUGGAACGAAGAACUAUAAUUCAUAAAGCAUAAGAUGUAUGCUUGUCUUGUUAAAUUGAAGUGC